CGAAAGCUGGGGGACAGCGAGCUGGCGUUCUACUUUCCUUCACGCCGGAGCGGCGUGAAUGACAUGUAUGUCGCCCUUGGAUUCCGCGCCGUCGAGCGGGUUAUGCGCCGUUCGAGACUGCGCGUCGCAUGGGCGAUUCUGCGGCUGAGACAUCCCCUCCUGGCGUCUGCAGUGGAGAUGCUCAGUUACGACGACGUUCGGUUCACAUAUACCGCGCCCAAGUCCCCCGAUGAAGCUCUCAUGGAUGCAAGCAGUAACAUAGAAUACUGCACCCGGAGUAAAGAUGAACUCAUCGAGAGAUAUGUGAACGGACCCCGCACUUUAUCGGACUCACGUCUAUCAUGCCUCAUCAUCUCGCAACCGGGAGUGGGGGCGACUUCCCUCCCCACUCCGCCGUUGACACCGACGUGCUCUUCCAACCCUUCCAAAACUGAUUUAUCCGCUGAGGAGAUGUACGAUUACGAACUCCUCCUGGGUGCGACGCACUUCAUUGGCGACGGCAUGUCCGUCAUUGAUCUGUGCAAGUCGCUGUUUGAUAUUCUCGGGAGCGAAAAGACCACUUGUCAGCUUGAGGGGGUGUUGCGUGACGAAUGGCACGCGAGGUUCUGCGAGUCCCGGCAUCUCGACGUCCUUCCCGUAUGUGUAGAAGACAGGUUACCAAGCGCGUCGAGUAAAUUUCACCGCGUCGCGGCAAAGGUCGACUACCUCAAUAAUCAGCGUAAAGACGUCGGCGGCCAGGUGUUUCCCCGGCGGCUGAGCAAGAAACGGCGUAUCGCCAGCCGAUGUGUACCGUUUGACGAAGAGAAGACCAAGCAGAUGAUGGCGAAAUGCAAGGCCCAAGGAGUAUCAGUUUCGUUCGUCAUGUUCGCACUUUGCAACAUGGCGUGGGCGAGAACACGACCAGAUAAUAGGCAUCUACCGAUGAUGGUCUACUCUGCUAUGAGUCUCCGUCCUUAUCUCAAGCCCGCCCAAGCGGAUGUGUCCGACCUCUUUUUGGCCGUUGGAUACUUCAAUGUCAUCCUUCCCUGCUUCAUCCCUGCAAACUGCGAUCAAUCAAGGCUAUUCUGGCAUCGCGCUAGAACUGCUAGAGAUCAAUGCGUCCGGACGGUCAAACACCCUAUGCGAAGCUCUCGAUCGCGCGAACUGGCGCGCAAGAGGGCGGACUUAGCUCGUGCAUGGGCCAUUGCAGAGGACACAAGACAUGAUCCCUCCUCUGACAGACGAGACCCGCCAGCUGUCCCGAGUGCGCAACCGGAUGCUCCUCGAGCAUUACUCGGGAUCUCUCUGCUUGGCAACUUGAAUUCAUUCAAGGACCACGCGAAGGCGCCGCUGUUCGACCUCCGGAUGCUGACGCCUGGGGUGCGCCAGCGUUCUGGGGGGAUGCUCCUCUUCUCCCAUACCUUUGCGGACAAGUUAUGGAUAACGAUGAACUGGGAUAAGCUCGGCUAUGACCCUGAGGUUGUCGAUACCUUCUGGAAGGGGGUGUUGAGUGGCAUAGAUGACUUUCUAUGCUAG